AUGCUAAAAUAUACAUUUAAUACGCGUGAUCAGCACCUAAGACAAAUAGAAAAAAAAUUUCGCGUCACCUUACACCCAAGAGGCAAUAAAAUCCGUAUUAUUGGCCCACGUAGCCAAACACAACAAGCCAUCAGUUAUUUACAAAAUGCAUACGCUCAAACACUAACAGGCAAACCACCAGCGCACCCACAAUCAAAUAAUGAUCAGGAGCUACCUGACUACUUGGCAAAAACAACCGCAGAAGAUAACAAUAAUACGAUAUUAGUUACGUAUAACAACAUCAAAUUAGGGCCAAAAACUGAAGGGCAACGACAUUAUCUACAAACAAUAGCCAAUAAAGACGUCGUUUUUGCUAUUGGACCAGCAGGAACAGGCAAAACAUAUUUAGCUGUCCUUAGUGCUGUACAAAAAUUCUUAAGUAAAAAAGUAGAUCGUAUUAUUCUAGCCCGCCCUGCUGUCGAAGCUGGAGAAAAACUAGGCUAUUUACCAGGAGACCUUACUGAAAAAGUAAACCCUUAUCUAAGACCACUUUAUGAUGCCCUAAAUGACAUGCUACCUUUUGACCGUGUCGAACAACUUAUCUCUUCAGGUAAAAUCGAAGUUGCCCCAUUAGCUUUUAUGCGUGGUCGUACCCUUAACCAGGCAUUUAUUAUUCUUGAUGAAGCACAAAAUACAACUCCGGAACAAAUGAAAAUGUUUUUAACCCGUAUUGGUGAAGGUAGUCAAGUCGUUAUUACUGGUGAUGUCACCCAAACGGACCUCCCAAACCAAAGAUAUAGCGGCCUUAGUCAUGCAUUAAAAAUUCUUAAAAAAAUACCACAAUUAGGUUUCGUUACACUUGAUCAAACAGAUAUUGUCCGUCACUCAAUUGUACAAGCAAUCCUGGAUGCUUAUGAAGCUGAGACAACUUAG